UCUCCAACGCAGAGAGCUCCAACGACCCGUGACGCACCUCAGCUCAGCUAGCUCGGUGAGUGAGAGAUCGAUCGAUGGGGUCGUAAACUCGCUGUCCUCUGGACAUAUAUAUUUACCUCCUUAUCAUGCAUGAUUAGAUUACCACCCCUUCCAUCGAAUCGUCCCGUUUCCUCUGGAUGAUGGCAAAUAUGGCAACCAUAAUCACUACAACCGUCGCCGAAGCUGACGAUGCCGCCGGCGCGUCAACACCCAACAGCAGCAGCAGCAACAACAAGGUGAUGUACGAGCUAGCCGCCCGGGACAUCUACUACGCGAAGCCGGCAGCGUCGUCGUCAGCAGUACUACUCGCGCGUCGCCUCCUGACGAUGCGGCCGUGCGGCGCCGCACCGGCGGCUCCCGACUACAUCCUCCGGGGCGUAUCGCUGACGGCGCGCGCGGGGGAGAUCCUGGCCGUCGUGGGCCCGAGCGGCGCGGGCAAGUCGACGCUGCUCGACAUCCUGGCCGCGCGCACCGCGCCCACGCACGGUCGCCUCCUCCUCAACGCGGCCCCGCUCCGCUCCUCCUCCUUCCGCCGCCUCUCCGCCCACGUGCCCCAGGCAGACGCCGCGCUCUCGCUCCUCACCGUCGCCGAGACCUUCUCCUUCGCCGCCUCGCUGCUGCACAGUACGGCCUCGUCGUCUUUGGCCGUGGCUUCGCUGCUCGCGGAUCUCCGGCUGGCGCACGUGGCCCACACGCGGGUCUGCGCCUCGCGGCUCUCCGGAGGGGAGCGGAGGCGGGUGUCCAUCGGGCUCGCCCUGCUCCGUGACCCCGGGGUGCUGCUCCUCGACGAGCCCACGUCCGGGCUCGACUCCUCCUCGGCGUUCGUCGUCAUCGGCUGCCUGCGCGCCGUGGCGGCUGCCAGGGGCACCACGGUGGUGCUGUCCAUCCACCAGCCCAGCGCGCGCCUCCUCUCCGCCGUCGACUCCCUGAUCCUCCUUUCCCGUGGCACCGUACUCCACCACGGCUCCCUCGCCUCCCUCGACGCCGCGCUCCUCUCCCACGGCCUCGCCGUCCCGCCUCAGCUCAACCCGUUAGAGUUCGCCCUCGAAGUCAUCGACCAGAUCCCCCACCCCUCACCCUCCUGCCCUGAACAACCCAGGUCCACUACUCAAGAUCUUAAUAAUAAUCUCACCAAGUCGUCAUCCGAUUUAUCAUCAUACCACCACCGCAAAGCGGCAAUGGCGGCGCCGUGCUCGCGGGCACGCGAGUUCGCGGUUCUGUACAAGAGAGCAUGGAAGGUGGUGUACCGGAGCAAGCAGCUGCUCAUGACAAACUUCCUGGAGGCCGUGGUGGUGGGGACGCUGCUGGGGAGCAUCUACAUCAACGCCGGCUACGGCGAGGCCGGCGAGCACAAGCGGCUGGGGCUGUUUGCCUUCACGCUCACAUUCCUGCUCACCUCCACCACGGAGACGCUGCCGACGUUCGUCACGGAGCGGCCCAUCGUGCUCGCCGAGACGUCCGCGGGGCUCUACAGGCUCUCCUCCCACGCGGCGGCGGCCACUACGGUGUUCCUCCCGUACCUCCUGGCGGUCGCCCUGCUCUACUCCUCCUGCCUCUACUUUCUCGCGGGCCUAUGCGCGUCUCCGUCCGCCUUCGCGGUGUUCGUGCUCGUGGUGUGGGCCGUUGUGCUCACGGCCAAUUCCUUCGUGCUCUUUGUCAGCUCCUUCGCGCCGGACUACAUCGCCGGGAUGUCGCUCGUGUCCGUGUCACUGGCGGGAUUCUUCCUCUUCUCCGGAUACUUCCUGUCCAGGGGGAGCACGCCAACGUACUGGGUGUUCAUGCACUACGCCUCGCCGUACAAGUACGCGCUGGACGCCAUGCUCGCCAACGAGUUCUCCUGCGCCGCAAACCGGUGCUUCGGCGUUGGAGGAGAGGAUAAGUGCUCGCAGACGGGGCGCGACGUGCUGGCGGCAAGGGGGCUCACACCCGAGGAGCGCUGGACCGGGUUGCAAGUGCUGUUCGGCUUCUUCCUCCUCUACCGGGUGCUCUAUUGGGCCGUGCUCAGCCGGAGAGCAUCCAGGGCCAAGAGGUGACCAUAUAUACCCCAUAGCAUGCAUCAACUCCGAUCCGUGCACAUGCAAUGUGAACGCAUGCAGUGCAGACGAAGGGGCUUCAACCUUCAAGCAGCAUGCAUGCGACAACUAAGGUUUGCCAUUUGCUGGAGAUCAUCAAUCGAAGCCGGCGUUAACUGGUAAUUAAAUUGAGCUCUUAUACUGCUGUAUAUUGUAAGUGAACAUAAAACAACUUUUGUGUAGUCCGCCCUGAUAAUAGCGGAACAGGGAGAAUUUUUCUACAUGCCACUGGAAUCUUGUAACAUCCCAAAAUUUCAAACCCUUUCAUAUGCAUUG